GACAGGUACCUUGACUGAGAAGAAUGCGUUACCGAAUAUAUUUGGUUUUCAUUCGUUUUGAAAUGUGGACUUACAUGUUUACGCUGAAAUUCUGUUCAUAGAAAAGAAAGAAAGAAGGGAAAAUAUUCGGUGGAUCAAAAGUAUGGAUUUGAGAUUGGAAAUAACAUGGAAAUCCGCGAUCAGUUUCUCGACCCCUCUUGGUCGUCUCGAGCAUGCGUGAUUUGCUGUUGCGAAUACACAAAUGCCCAUUCACCAUUGCUAUCGAUGUAUUUAUUCGUCGAUUAGCUGCCGCUACGUUUCGGAUACAUUAUGGCAGCGAAAUGUUUGCUUUUCACCGCGCUUUUGUAUUUUAUAACAUCAAGUACAUUUGUUCAGUCGGAGAUAUUCACAGCGCUGUCUCAUGUGGAGCGGUUGGUAAAUAUAGAGAUGGAACUCACUGACACGCUAGAAGAAUAUCUCAUCGAACAAGAAUCACGGCUGAACAAAUUGCGAUCUUUCUACCAAGAUCUGAAGUUGGCGAUGGAUCAAGCGAAGCACAAUAGGGAGGCUUACAUCGGACAUCCAAUGAAUACGUAUUUAAUGAUCAAACGGCUCGUGAAUGAGUGGAGGCCACACGUAAAGGCGAUUCAAGAGGAGGGAGACGCUGAAGGUAAACCAGUUAAUUCAUCAAAAAUAACACUUUUGUACGGUCAGUUACACCGCAGUAGUGCUGAUAAGCGUAAGAAAAAAAAAAACUUAGAAGACGAAGUUCAACCUAGCGAUCGAAAUGGCUUCCGUGGAGGCGUUGAAAGAAUACCCGUGAAGACCGCUGUUUACUAUCACUGUUGCAAAACUCGGCAAUCGAGAGCGUGCGAUAUUUCGCAGCUCAAUGAACCUGUUAUAUCUAGUCGCCUAGUCAUCGCUCGCAUUUACUCCCAAUUCAAAAAGGUGAUAGAAAGAAAUUUAUCCACAAUAUAUAAUGUGAAUGGACUUUGAAAACCGUAAUACUCGGAUAGAACGGUGAUAGUCGUUGACAGAAAUGUCUCUGGGGUCAUGCUUACGGAAUUUUGCAGUCUUUCUCAUUUUUUUCCCCUUUUUUUUCGUCAACGCUUAGUCGCGAAAAGUGCUAUUGAAACGGCUUUGUCUUUGACUAGAUUAUUGGUUCACUUUAUGUCCCUCAAUCCAUUCACACCUUAGGUUACCAUCGAUAAAAUUUAAACGCUAUUUUAAAGGAACUUGUUGUAUGCUCUCGUAGGUGUGUGAUGCAAAUGACCUUUCCAGUGUCAUGUUUAUGUUUUUGAAAAUAUCUUUUGUAAUCAUACUGACAAAAUUAAACAAUUAGGUGAAAAGGCUUUUAAUUGUAUUUGAUGAAAAUAGGUUCGUUACAAAUUUGUAAGCUUCACGUUCAUGCUGAUUUUAUGGGUGAAAAGAUCUUACAAGUUCAAUGUCUUAAACUGAUCACAGUUAGAAAUUACGGCCGUCUAUUAGUGCCUAAAUGCCUUAAGUCCGGACACUUUUUAAUGCAGAAAGUGUUAUUAAAUGAGGAUAAAUUGUCGUGAUUCUUCGCGAAAAAUCAUUAAUCUAAGUUCUAUUAAGUGGCUUUUAGACACCUUGCCUUGGAGACUUGUUAAGGCUCAAUAAAUACAUAACGCCUGUGUUACCAACAACAGUUUUAAACCAAAAUAAUAAUUCUUUAUUUUGAUGAGAAUAAACGCACUUAUGAAAAAAUUUCAUCUUGUGAUUUUAAAUAAAACCACGUGAAAAAACAUGCAUUAUUUUUGCCUUAACCAAUGUCACCAAUAAGGAAAAAAAGUAAAUAAAAGUGAGACUAUUUAUUCAAGACAUCAGUUUUCGUUUAUGGUACAUUAAUCAUAAUAUGUGUGGCUUAUUUGAAAUACCACCAAAGCACCGAAUUUGUGAAUCCGGGGAAUAUUGAAUUUUUUUUCUUUUUUGUUUGAUUGAUAGCCUUCGCUCGCGCAUUAGUUGUUAUAUCUCUCAAAUCAAAAUUCUCAGCUUUUUUUAUUUCUUUUACUUUCUUUUCGUGCAUUCUGCGUUUUGUUUCUACAUAAAACUGUUUUUCUGAGAGAAGAAUGAUUAACAAUUUUUCCAAUCCUUGUGAGCAUGUUGUAUAAGAGAAUAUUAUAAAUAGCGAGCGAGGCGAGUAGCGCCGAGGUGGCUCUAAUCAGUCUCGUAUCCAACAAGCGCGAAUGAAUUUUUUUUUUUCAAUUUCAUUAAAUGCUAAAACUUUGAAUGCUUUCAGAAAAAAUUUCAGCUUUCAACACAUCGCAAUGCAUUUCAAUAUAAGAUGCUGAUAACUGGAGUUGAGUGAACCAAUCGGAACACUGAGAAAUGCAAUAUCUGGAGUUAAUAAUGAAUAAUAAUUGACGUGAAUUGUUUGCAAGCUGAAUCUCUCUAUAUUAUCGUCAAGGUUUACUCAUAGACAAGUUGGAAGGCUAUCGCGAACACUUUCCUGGACAAGAUGAUUUGGAGGGCGCCAUGUCCGCUAUUAAACGUCUGCAAGAUGUCUACAACCUUAAAGCACAAGACUUUACCAGAGGUAAAUACGGUUUAGCGACUGAAUCAGGUUCAAUGAUAACUGCCAUGGACGCAUUUAAAAUUGGUCGCGGAGCAUUUUUGUCGGAAGAUAUGGAGAACACUCGGCAGUGGAUGGGUGAAUCGUUACAAAUAUUGGACCUGGAACCUAAUAACUCGAAAGAAAAACCAAGUCGAUUCUCCGUGCUGGAUCAUCUGGCCUGGUCCUCUUAUAAGGUAAGUAUGUCCACCUCCAUACGCCGUGUUUUAAAUGAUGUAACAAAAAUAAAGGGGGGGGGGACCACGGGCACCUCAGGACCCCCCCUCCUCCCUUUCCCACCUAGCUAUGCCCCUUGCUCUCAUAUAUCAGCCUACUAAUUUACUUGUAACGGUGUUUGUACUUAAUUUCGCGUUUUUCGCAAUUGUUGAAAAAUUGCGAAAUUAAAGUCCUACAAAUAAAAAUGCUCGUGGAAUUUAAAAAGGCGAAAUUUAACACCUUUAUAGAAUUAAUACCCAUAUAUAUAUAUAUAUAUAACUGCAUAUAUAUAACUGCAUAUAUAUAUAUAUUUAACCCAUAUAGAAUUAAUACCACAUAUAUUACAGACCUUCGAUUCAAAUCAGAGGAAAAAUGAUUACCAUGUGUAACAACAACAAAUGCAGGAUAUGUAUCGACUGAUACACAAAUUAGUGACUGGUUUUACAGACAAGCUUCACUCUGUAUCUUUUGUAAUGUUAAAAUUAACAGUCUUGUCUUCAUCUGAAUUGGUAGAUUCAUACAAAAUUCCUUAGAAUAUCUUAUGCGCAUUCCUUAAAUUGCCGUUAAAUGAUUCCUUGUUGUUCACAAGUUUCUGAUAACUUUUCAACACUUGUCCCUGUUUUUCUUGGAAUUUUAAAAAAAGUUCAGAUUUCUUAGGAAAAAAAAAUGAAGCGGAGAACGCUUAAAUCGCGAAAUUUAAUGCCCUACUUCCAUAUUGUCAAAAUCGCCAAAUCAAGUACGUAUAAGGCGGUUUACGAUCUAUAUUUGAAAUAAUUUUCUUCUUACAGCUUGGGGAUGUGAGAAGUGCGAUAAAUUACACCAUAGAGGCUCUUAAAGUCGGUAAGUAAUUGUACACAAGUAACCCGGGAUUGAAUUAUUUUUGCAUUUCUUCGUUCUCUGAUUCGUCUAGAAAAAACUCGAGCCACCUCCUCUACCAAUCACAGCUCUGCUGGGUUAUAAAUGUUUUCCCGCGUUUCAGACUGCUUGCUUGAAUUUGCGUCCGACAAACCCACGCAGAAAACUGUAAGAUUUCAUAGUUGUCUUCCGAAAAGUGAAUUUCUUUGUGAAAUAUUUUUUAUCAGUUAUCAUUCAUGGCUCUUUAAGGUAAAAUAACUGAAUUGAUAAAUGAGAAUGUUCCAGUUAUCUAGGUCAUCGUCAUGGAAAUAACGUUAAGCGUUAACUCCUAUUUCAGUGCCCAAUCACGAGCGAUCAACGAUAAAUCUUGGCACUUUUAAAGAAUAUCAAAAGCUCAAAAGCGGAGACCAAUCUCAGAAAUCCCAAGAACAGGAACGGAAAUUCAGUUAUCUGGCCACGAAGAUUCCUCAGUCGACACUGAAGAACUUUGACUGGUUUGAGGAAAGACGUAUUUUUAAGAAAUUGUGUCGAGGAGAUCCAAUGCCACGUGUAAGUAAUAGGAAAAUUACAAUGCACUAAAAAGUUGAAGUGGUGGGUGAAAAGUUAAUGGCCAAAAAACGUUCAUGGGCUGUGUCCUUGGUUUGGAGGAGGAUUCCGUUUAAGUAGAAUGGUAAAAUAAAGUUAAAAGGGACGAGGAAGGCAGAAUGAUCAAAGAUUGCGGAGAUUGACUUUGACUGUGAGUGACUUACGUAAAAAAUUCAAGAGUCACGAGGCAGCUUUGUGGAAGGUCUCGACAGAUUUUAAUAUCGUUCUGUAUGUCGCAUUCUAUAAUUCCUUGAAUUAGAAAUUCAUCGAUAUCAAAACUUCAGUCGUCAAUAAUUUACUUUUAUAGACCGUUUAUACAAAAUUACGAGUCGUUUCUUAUAAGCAUUGGUACGAAAAAAAAAAAAAAAAAAACCUGAGUCCCCAAGAGGAACCUUUAACCAAAUACCUUCGAUUUUCGUGAUCCAAUAAUCUGGUACUGAACUACAGGACUUUGGCUCGCCGGUCAUUAUUAGACUCAUCAUUAGCACUUUGACAGUCGAGAGUGACACAGACAGUAUUUCUCCUUACAAUAUCAAUCGGACAAGUGAAGAGAAUUAAGAAAAUUAACAAUUCGGAUUUUUUAGUUGAUCCAAUACCAAAUCAUCUGACUGAAGAUCAUAAAAAUUGUAUCGCUGACAGUGAGGAGAAUCACUAAAAAGAUUUUGGGAGUGAAAGGGUAAAUGUGCGGGAAACGCCCUGUUUUAUUUUAGGAUCACUACUGUCGACACUAUGAUGCGUGUAAGUAGAAUAAGUAACGUGGUAAAUUGUUAGGUUUCCUGGGCGAAAUAUAUUGUUUUACAGCAUUUUUACUCACAUUCAGUGCCUCCUUUUUGCCAGGCCCCUCAAAGCCCGGAGAGACUCAGGUGCUAUUAUAAGACAGGACAUUCACUCUGCACUAUCAAAAGAUGUCCUAUCGAGGUUGUCUUCACCAACCCAGACAUCAUGAUUUUUCAUCAGAUCAUGAGCAAUGCUGAAAUAGAUAAAGUCAUAACAAUAUCAAAACCUUUGGUAAGAAUAGUACGUGCAAUUGUCUUCUAUUGUCAAUCAACUUUUGUUUCUCUACUUUUGUCUUUGUUGUCGCUUUAUUAGCUUUAAUGACAUGACAGUGACCAGAAUUUUCGUAAAUGUGGUAGUAUAUUAUUUUGGCAUUUAAAAUGACCCUGAAAUAAUUAAGAAAAAAAGAAAAAGAGAGAUAAACAGAAGAUAAAAAGAUCAUCCUUACUCUCACUCGAGUACGAAUUAGUCAUGGUAAUAGUUCCAUUUUUUUUUCCAUUUCAAAAUCAUUUUCAUGACACAAACUAUUUGCGUUUGUUUACUUGCUUAUCUAAUUUCUCUUUCGAAUUGUAUGUCCCAUUCAAGUUCCUUUCAGAAAAGAUCGAGAGAAAUAUGGACGUCAAAGUUAAAAUUGUCAAAAUGUGAACCUAACAAAGUUUGCGUGUAAAAGCUGGCAAAUUACUACUGAAAGUGAAAAAUUACUGCCGGCAUACUAAAUCUGCUAGGAACACGAAACACAAAAACUAAAUGUUUUUCAUUUCAAGGACAAUUUAGGAAAGCGAUGCACUUUUUUAAUCUUUCUUUUGCUGAUCAUUUUUUCUAUGCUCCUCAGUUAAACAGGGCGACUGUUCAUAAUCCAAUAACGGGGAAAUUAGAGUAUGCUCAUUACAGGAUAAGCAAAAAGUAAGUAUCCUUUACGAUACAUGUUCUUACAUUUCUGUCUUCCACAAUCAUGUUGGGUACAUUUCCACAAGGAAAUACCAUUUUUAAACAUACGGUAACUGUAAAUGUCAAAUUAUAAAAUACCUUUUGUCGAACUUUGAUGGUGCGGUCGACAUUUUUAAGAAUUCGCCCUCCAGUCAAUUUAAGUCGGUCAACAAAACCCUGUUAUCGAAUUUGAUUCCAUUCUCCUAAUGCGAGUUUUUGCGUGGAGUCGGAGGUGACACACUAUUGUAUUAGUAGCUUUGAGCAAGAUCUGAUAUAAAAAGAAUGAUUAUUUGCAUCAAGAGAUGAGUGAAGCCUGGUAGUUGGAAACUGAGUGGUCAGUUUUGCAUUAUCGUAUUGGGUACGGUUCGUUAGUCGCUGUUAUUCAGUUUCGAUCAAUUGGAAAAAAAAUACCUUCUGUUCAUUUCUUGUCUUAUAAACGUCUUAAAAGCAUCUUAUGCUGGGUGUAAGUCGUUGUUUUCAUCUGUUAGUCGAGUUUGGUAUUUCAUUCUCACCUUUAAAUUGAUAUCAUUUCCAGUUGCUGGUUAAACGGAAAACACGAUCCGCUUAUCGACCGCGUCAACCGACGAAUGACAGCGUUGACUGGACUCAACUUACAAACAGCCGAGGAUUUCCAGGUUUUUCACAUUUUACAUCGUACGUUACGUUAGAAGGAGUACAUUUAAUGCCUCUAUCAAUUAAAUUGUUUUACAUUUAUUUGGGUUCUUUUUCUAAAGUGGCAACAAGAUGCAGUAAGUAAGAGAGAAAUGUUAUGCAAACGGAAGAUUUGUUCAAAUAUAUCGAUAACUAGUCUCGUAGCCAGACCUUCCAUGGCCAAGCGAUUGCGAGGACCCUAUAUAUCAGUUAUAGUUACGCGGUAGGAUCUUGGUACGAGAUUAAUCGGAAACAAGGGAAAUAAUUGCGAAAAUUAAAUGGAACGAUUUAUUAACCUGGCAGUGAGGAAGGGCAGUCAUUUGAGUAAAUUUAUGCUACUGACUCCAGGAUAAGCUCUCGACCGGGAGCUAUAUUUUUUUCCCGCCAAAGUGCGCCAAAGUGAACAUUUUCAACUCAUUUUGUUUUGCAGGUGCAAAAUUAUGGAUUAGCAGGGCAUUACGACCCCCACUUUGACUUCUCAAGGGUAAAAAUGUUGCAUUGAAGUCUCUCGCUCUUUUCGACUCUUGUAGUUUCAUUUACUCUCUCUAAGGCUAAUGCCUAAUCCUAAAAUACCUUUUGCUUUCUACAGGAUCUUAAGAAUUCCACAUUGGGUCAACUUGGGACAGGAAACAGGAUAGCAACAGUUCUUCUUUAUGUAAGUGGUUUAAUUCUGCAAACCUUUCACUUGGUUAUAUUUCAGUUACUUUCCACAAAUUUUCUGAGAUGAGCCUGAGUCUAAGAAGUGAACUGUACUUGAAGGAACAGAAAGGGACAUCAGGGCGUUGGCUGAGAUCUGUCGAUUACACUGAAAUAGUUUUUAGUUUUGGAAGGAACCAAAGUUGUUAUUCCAAACUUCCUCUCAGCAGUCACCUCAUUUUCACCUGUCCUUUUUGAGAUUCUAAAGUACCCUGAGCGACCUUUCAACAAUUGCCUCAAUGUGCAAAAAAAUUGGCCUCCAGGCGUUGCUUUUUUCGCUUUGCUCUUAAGUGUAGUCGCCUCAACAAUAAGAAAUUAUAGAAAUACUGGCUUAAUUUGCGAUCACUAGAGCAGUAUCUGGUUUUGAACUGCGCGUUGUAGUUCCCGCCAUCCGGCGAGUGUACAACCAGAAUAUUCGCCGCUGUUUUCCAAACAGCGGCGAAUGUUCCGGCGUCAGUAGUCAAAAUGUUUAGCACAUUGGAAGGAAGUGUUUUUAAGUUACCUUUUUGGAUCUUAAAACACGACAAUAAGUAAAUUAUUAUACACACUUUUUAUUAACAGAGAUUGAAAUUAAGAGGUUUCUAGAGCAUAAUUCACUUUUUAAGGGGGGUAAUAAGAAGCAAAUUGUCGGUUUGGGGGAAGACAAACGACAUUUUCUAAAACAGGAGAUAUUGGAGAGUUUUUUUGAGUUGUAACGUGCGACUAGGCGUUCUUUUUUGUUCUUUUUUGAAGAGGGGCGAUAGCGGAGCAGCGUAAGAUUCAGCGAGCGGACUUUUGCGCUGCCAUACCCUUGCUCUCCCCCGAAAAACGAACGCCUGGUCAUAAAUCAAUUUGGGUGUUUUUGGUAUUGUUAUUGUUGAUGAUGUGUUGUUAUGUUCCUUAGUUUGAUAAGCAACAAAACUCUAGUCCGUCUUACUUGUGUGAGCUGUUUAUGAUCAAUCGCCAAUGUUGAAAGUAACAAUUAUCCUUCCUUGGAUCGAUAGAUCUCUGUUUAUUAACACGACAAUGUUGCCCAAAAGUUUUAAACACAGUUUGCUAUUAAUCGACUUUGAACUCUUUUACCCUUGAAUUACAUUUUCAGAUGAGCGACGUGGAGGCUGGAGGGGCAACUGUCUUCCCCUAUGUUGGAGCCAGGGUUAUGCCCAGCAAGGUACGAAUAAAUUUUUGAAUUUAAAACGUGUUCUUACAAGAAGUAUUGCUCAGUUUUUAUGUUGAUUAUGCGAGAAUUCCGCUAAUGCUCAAAGUUGGAUAAUUUGAAGGUGAUCCAUGAAAUCUCAAUUGCAUGAAACUUAGAUUACGAUCGUCCCUCCUUUUCGGCGAAGUCCGUCGCGUGAGUAAAAAAAAAAAAAAAUCAAGGCGAAAGUAAAUAAACAAAGAAAAUGAUGUUAGCGCGCCGCAGAUCAAGCCAGAGAGUUUGAUCUCUGCGUUGGGUUCAAAAGGCUCACAUAUGAUUGGCUAUCGGCCGAUAAUCUGUUAACAAGAGGAUUUGGCCUUCUGUACCCUACCAGAUACAUAAAUUUUGUCAAAUCAGUUUUUUCUCUCUCUUUCUCGUUUUCCUUUUUUUGGUUGUUUCAUUUUGUUUUUGUUUUUUUGUUAUCAUUAGCUGCCAAACUUUUCGUCACGUUUCAGCUUUACCUUUUUUUGUGUAUACAGGGUGACGCGGUAUUUUGGCACAAUUUAUUGCAAUCAGGCGAGGGAGAUUUUCGAACACGUCACGCCGGCUGCCCGGUCUUAAAAGGCUGGAAAUGGGGUAAGGUUCCAUGUAACUCUACAUAAAUAAUCAUCGUAACUACCUGUGCUGAUUACUGCAGUUAAUUGUAAACUUUUUUCUUUACCAGUUUGAUUAAAAUAAGAGCUGUUUCUUCUUUCUUCUUUCUGCUCUCUCUCAUCUCUUGCUUUAAAUCAAAAUGGCCAAGUUUUUCUGCUUAAAAUAUUUGAGGAAUAUUUCAAAAAAUUGUAGACGUGCGCCAUUGAAGCAUCCAGAGCUGUUUCAAGACUGUUUCGGUUUUGUUUUGUUGCAGUAUCAAACAAAUGGAUCCACGAAGCUGGAAAUGAAUUCAACAGACCUUGCGCUAAAUCACCGCACGUGUGAAAGCUCCUUUUUCGAGGUUAUCCGAGGACAUGAACUUCAAUUCCUUUUAAAUUUCAAAAGUUUUUUGGAUACUAACUUCUGCUGGCCAGGAUUAAAGGAAGCGAAUUUAAGGAAAAACUGUGCUUGAUGAAAUUGGAAUAAUAUUCCUUAUUUUGCUGACGUUGAGGCUAUGUAAAUCUUUUUGACUUUUGGAUUGUUUUUAUGGCGAGGCGUAAAGUAUUGGACUAGUUCGAGGAAAUUUUUGUACUUAAAAAUAUAAUACUGAAAAAAAUGGGUUUCUCAAUUGUUUCCUGGGAAUAUGCAAUUUAGAUACAAGACAGUACUACCUUGCUCAAUGAAAAGAAAAUGCUCAAUGUAACUUUUGUUGGUUGGUACUUUAACCCAGGUUCUAGAGUAUUUGGGCAGAAGUGAACUGGGAACGAGAGUGCAGCCUCAGUGCAAACUUAACUUACACAGCAACAGCGUAAAUUUUGGAAUUAAAGAUG